GGGCCGCUCCUCCCCUGGGUGGGUCCCGGCUCCUUUUCUGGCAGAGACUAUCUGCAUAGAGGAAACUGCCCAAAGUGGCUGUUGUGGAGUUGCCGGCGGAGGGGAAGGGGGCGUGCGCCGCGAUCCGCUGCUGCCUGGAGGCCAAGCCCUGCGCCCGGCCGACCUCGUGCCUCGGGUUCUCUGCCUGCUCCCGGCGCGCUCAGUCUUCAACCCCAGCUCUGCACCGCCCCCUCGGACAGCACACGCCAAGAUCGCGCCAUGAGCCCGGGCGAGCGCGACGGCGGCAGCACACGGAAGGGCGGCCCGGCUGGCGGCGGCGGGGGUCGCCCGGCGAUGGCGGUGGGAGCCUGGGCGGUGAGCGCGCUGUGCCUGCUGCUCUCCAUGGGCUCAGCGGCCGCCUGUCUGCUGCUGGGCGUCCAGGCGUCGGCGCUGCAGGGCCGGGUGGCAGCGCUCGAGGAGGAGCGGGAGCUGCUGCGGCGCACGGGGCCCCCGGGCGCCCUGUCUACCUGGGCGGAGCCGCACCUGGAGCGCUUGCUGCGCGAGAAGUUGGAGGGACUAGUCAAGCUCCGGACUGUUCGGGAAGCGCCAUCGGAAUGCGUCUGCCCUCCGGGGCCCCCUGGACGGCGUGGCAAGCCUGGAAGAAGAGGUGAUCCCGGUCCUCCAGGGCAAUCAGGACGAGAUGGCUACCCGGGGCCACUGGGUCUGGAUGGAAAGCCAGGACUUCCCGGCCCCAAGGGAGAAAAGGGUGCACCAGGAGACUUUGGACCCCGGAUGGUUUUUCCACGGCUCAAUCCAGGCUUUAUAAGUAGAGACCAUCACAUGUACAAUCGCCGCAUCCUCAAGGGAGACCAAGGGCAGGAGGGGGCUGCUGGGCCUCCAGGGCCCCCUGGGCCUCCUGGGGCUCGGGGCCCUCCUGGCGACACAGGAAAAGAUGGACCCCGGGGAGCCCCAGGCCCAGUGGGUCCCAAAGGAGAGGCUGGACAAGACGGUGAGACGGGCCCAAAGGGACCUCCAGGACCCAAGGGUGAGCCCGGAAUUCCUGGAAAGAAGGGGGAUGAUGGGACGCCAAGCCAACCAGGGUUCCCUGGACCUCCAGGGCCCAAGGGCGAGCCGGGGAGCGUGGGGCCACGGGGAGAGAAGGGCGUGGACGGUGUCCCAGGGACAAAGGGGGAGCCCGGCCAGCGAGGAGCCGAUGGAGCCUCAGGGCUGCGGGGUCCCCCAGGCCUCAAGGGUGAGCAAGGAGACACGGUGGUGAUUGACUACGAUGGCAGGAUCUUGGAUGCCCUUAAGGGUCCUCCCGGCCCACCAGGGCCUCCAGGAAUCCCCGGAGCCAAGGGUGAGCUUGGAUUGCCCGGUGCCCCUGGAAUCGACGGAGAAAAGGGUCCCAAAGGACCAAAAGGAGACCCAGGAGAGGCUGGGCCAACUGGACCCAAAGGGGAAGCAGGCGAAAUGGGCCUGUCUGGCCUCCCGGGUGCCCACGGCCCCAAGGGGGAGAAGGGAGAGCCAGCACCUGACAGCCUACGAGAGAGCCUGGCCCAGCUCAUAGUGGAGCCAGGGCCCCCCGGCCCUCCUGGUCCCCCAGGCCCCAUGGGUCUUCAGGGAAUCCAGGGUCCCAAGGGCUUGGAUGGAGCAAAGGGAGAGAAGGGCGAGUCAGGGGAGAGAGGCCCCAGCGGCCUGCCUGGGCCAGCUGGUCCACUAGGCCUUAUUGGGCUGCCAGGAACCAAAGGAGAGAAGGGCAGACCCGGGGAGCCAGGGCUAGAUGGUUUCCCUGGACCCCGAGGAGAGAAAGGCGACCGGAGCGAACGUGGAGAGAAGGGGGAGCGAGGCAUCCCUGGCCGGAAAGGAGUGAAGGGCCAGAAGGGCGAGCCGGGACCGCCAGGACUGGACCAGCCAUGCCCCGUGGAAAAUCCUAAAUGCGGAGGCAAGCGAGGGGCGCCGGGCUCGAAGGGCCUGGCAAGGGGCAGCGGGCCCUGCCCUGCGGGCACUGACGGGCUGCCCGUGCCUGGCUGCUGGCAUAAGUGAUCAGAACCCAGCUCACUGCCUGUACAGAUCCAUGUGGACAUUUUUAAUUUUUGUAAAAACAAAACAGUAAUAUAUUGAUUUUUUUUCAUGGGAUGCACUGCCUGUGGCCUUUAACCUUUGAGCAUGUGCCCGGCCCAGCCCCAGAACAAUCAGCAUGUGAAGCUGGCAGGAACGUGGACAGGCCAAUCAGGGAAUUGUGUACUUGAGGGACAAUCAUAGGAUUUGGUGCCUGGCUCAGACGAAGUUGCAAAGAUGCCGGGUGGGGCCUUCAGUCACCUGAUUAGCAGAGCAUCUGGCUGCCCAGCUGCCCUACAAGAGCCUGCUCCCUGAAGCUCCAGAGCCCCCGGGGGGGCACCUGGGGAUGGACGAUCCUGCAGCUGCUCCAGCCUCUUCAGCCAGAGCCAGCUGCUCACCCUCCCGGACCCUGGGUUCGCCAGGAAGGACAAGCCUCCCACCCAGCACUUGCAGCUGGGUACUGGGAGCUGUAGAAAGCACCCCAGGCAGUUCUAGCUCUCACCCAGUUCAUUAGCCUCGGGAAGCCAGCCUGUUUGAGAACACAUGUCCUCUGGCCAGGAGUACAGGCCAAGCACUGUGAUCACCACCACAUGGACCCAACUGCAGGGAGCCCCAUGGUGACCAAGUGUGGAGGAUGGCAAGGCCCAUGCUGGAGGGACUGCUGCUUCCUGUCUGUCCCCCCCACCCCAGAACAGGGGUGUGAUGAGACUUUGCCGCCGGAGGAGAUGGGCCUCUAGCUCAGAGCUUGGGUCUCACUGGCCCCAGUCUCCCACCCAGGAGCACUCCGGUCCGCUAGCCGAAAGUGGUCUUCCGGGUGAACUGUACAGAUGAAGAGAAUCCCGGUGUGGUUCCCAGCUGGCCCGAGCAGGGGGCCUGCGACCUGAGCAUCGCGCUCGAAGGAAAGGCUUCCCCACCUGUGACAAAGGUCCCAGCCACCAGCUCUGGCCCAGCGACUUGCCUCCCCUCUCUGUGUAGAUAGGUAUUGCUGUGUGUAAUAAACCAUGAAUUUGUGUCUG